UCAACGCUCAGAUGCCACAGCUGAGACCAGUUCCUCCUGAUGUCCCUAAGAAGAAUGUAGCCCCACUCAUUUGCACUGCUCUCUUCGCUCUUCAUCUUCACCGCAAAGUUAAGGAGGAACAGCAGGCGCGUCCUUGGACUUUGAGCAGAGAUGGGGGACUGGACUCUUCUGGGGAAUUUCCUCGAAGAGGUCCAGGAGCACUCCACCUCAGUGGGGAAGGUGUGGCUCACCGUCCUGUUCAUCUUCCGCAUCCUGGUGCUGGGCACGGCGGCCGAGUCCUCCUGGGGCGACGAGCAGAGCGACUUCCUGUGCGACACUCAGCAGCCCGGCUGCACCAACGUGUGCUACGACAGCGCCUUCCCCAUCGCCCACAUCCGCUACUGGGUGCUGCAGAUCGUGUUCGUCUCCACGCCCUCCCUCAUCUACAUGGGCCACGCCAUGCACACGGUGCGCAGGGAGGAGAAGAAGAAGAGGAUGGAGCAGGAGGAGAGGGAGGCGCGGCGGGACGACGGAGAAGACCUGCAGAAGGAGAAGGAAUACGUCCAGCAGGAGAGCAAGAAGGAGUUCGCGUCGGAGGGGACCGGCCGCGUCCGCCUGAAAGGAGCCCUGCUCCGCACCUACGUCCUGAGCAUCCUGAUCCGGACAGUGAUGGAGGUGACCUUCAUAGUGGUGCAGUAUCUGAUCUACGGGGUGUUCCUCAAGGCCAUGUACCUGUGCACGUCCUGGCCCUGCCCCAACCCCGUCAACUGCUACAUGUCCCGGCCCACAGAGAAGAACGUCUUCAUCGUCUUCAUGCUGGCGGUAGCCGGCGUGUCGCUCCUGCUGUCUGUGCUGGAGCUCUACCACCUCGGCUGGAAGUGUGUGAGGAAUUAUGUCCGUGACCAGAGGUCGCAGAAGAGGAACCACAGAGCCGUGACUGUGGCGGUGUCAGCAGGCUUGGAGUCCACCAACCACCCCCAGCCUUCGGCCUCCUGUACCCCGCCCCCCGAUUUCAACCACUGUCUGACAGCGCCGGGGUCCAUGAACCCCAUGGCCUCCAUCGCCUCGCACCCGUUUAACACCAGGAUGGCGCUGCAGCAGAACUCGGCCAACCUGGCAACCGAGCGGCACCACAGCUGUGACAACCUGGAGGAUGAGGAGGACUUCCUGAGGGUUAGGUAUGAGCCGGCGGUGGCGGAGCUACCUAACGGCUUCUCGCCGGUUCUGCACUCGGGCUUCCCGAAGGACAAGCGGCGCCUGAGCAGGACCAGCGGCACCAGCAGCCGGGCGCGGCAGGACGACCUGGCGGUAUAGCUUCAGUGAGGAGAUCGCCAAAGAGAACCGAAGAAUGAGGAGAGCACUGUGACUGAGACACAACUCUAGUGACUUGCAAAAGCAUUUACAGCACUUCAACUUUAUUUCCACAUUUUGUCACGUUAUAACCACAAACUUUUUACAUAUCUUGUUUAUGUUCUUGGUGACGAGCCAACACAAAGUAAUGUGUAAUUGUGGGUGAUAGGAAAAUAAUCCAUAUGUUUUUGCAUUUGUAUUUACCCGCCCCAGUUGACAUGCAUUUGCCAGAAAUCUACAAGGUUUGCACAUUUAGAGACAUAAAUAUUUCAGAUUAGAUGGAGAGGAUCUGUGAAGUUUGACAUUAUUCCAAAAUGUUAGAAUUGUAUUUAGAUGUACCUGAAUAUGCUUUGUAUAACUGACUGUAUGUUUAAGGUUAUAGUCCUGCUGGAAGGUGAACCUCCAACCCCAGUUUUGUCUUUCUUGCAGCCUCUGACUUCCAGGGUCGCCCUGUGCUCCAUUUAGAUUAGAGCCGAGUAUCGAUUCAAAUUUCAAGAACCGAUUUGAUUCCGAUUCGCAAGAUUUAGAAUCGAUUCUUUUCAAUCAGAUCCGAUCUCAAAUUGGAUUGCUGGUGUUAAAAACCUUUUUUUAUCUGUUUAGCUGAAUUACAUGACUCUGUAGUUAUGCAACAUAUUGAUACCAGUAUUAUAUUAACAUUCAACAGCGAAUUCAUAAAGUAUUGGUAGUUAAUGGCGGCUGUAAGGACCAAACCCUCUCCCUGAAAGUUGAGACAAUUUCACAAACAUGCUGUGGGGCAGAAUAUCCAAACAGAUCCAGGGGAGAAAACAGAGGACACCAGAGAUAUCUACAGCUGCUAUUUGGACACCAACCUGGUGCCUUAUUGAAAAUAUGACAUUAAAAAUUCACUUCCCAGAGCGGAGUGUGAGCCGGAAAUUCACAGCGGAAAAUGUUUCUUUUUAAAACAAUCUGUGGUUAAAUGAAUCGAUCUUUAGGAAUUAUUAUAAGAAACGAUUCAGAAUUGGAAAAUCUUUUUUUUUAACAAAGCCCUAAUUUAGAUACCUUUAUCUUCCCCUCAUCUCUGAGCAGUUUAUCUGAUGGCAGCAUUAGCCUCGCCUUUGAAUAAAGGGUCAAUUGUGGCACAUGAUCAGUCACUGUCAUUUUGUCAGAUUCUCCCACCUGAGCUGUGAAUCUCUGCUGCUCCUCCAGAGUCGUGAUGGGACACCUAGCUUCUUCUCAGAUUGAUGCUCGUCCUGCACUGCCUGUCACUUUAAGAAGUGGACGGUCAUGUCUCGAUAGGUCUGCUUGUGAGCUAAACUCUUUCCCUUUUUAAAAUGAUGGACUGAUCAGAGCACAAUGAGGCGUUUAGGGCUUAAGUUCUUGUUUUUCUGACCCUGCUUUAAAAAUCUCUCCUCAACUUUAUCUCUGAUCUGCCUGCUGUGUCCCUUGUUCUUCAUAAAUCUGAUCACUGAUGUUCUUGGACAAACCUAUGAAGUUUUCACCGAACACAUAACAGAUUUCUACUGUCAUUAUGUUAAUCAAAGAGGGACUCUGGGUCCUAAUUAGGUGAUUUUUAUAGGCAUUUCAUCUCCUGGUUUUUAUUUGGGGUUAAAAGAGUAAACGAGGGGUGAACACAAAAACGCACCACAUUUCUGAUUUCUAUUUAUAAAAGAUUAUAAAAACAUUGUAUCCUUUUUCUUUCACCACACAACUAUGUGCUACUUUGUGUUGGCCAAGCUCCUAAAAUCCCAUUAGGAAUAGUUAAGGUUUGUGGUUAUGAUGUAACAAAAUUUGAAAAACAUCAAUAAGCAAUAAUACUUUGGUAAGACUAAGCAUAACUAAGCAUGAUAGCUAUUUCUAACAGACACUCUAGUCACGAGUGCAGGCUUUCUAUGCAAACUCGAUGUAAACUCUGUGAAAGUACCACAUACACAUACGAAUGCUUUCUGCACGGACAAGCAGGUGUGUUUCUGAGCUUGAAAGUAAAACAAAAAAAUGUCAAUGAAACUGCAAAAGGAGAUUAAAAAGAGCAGGGUAACAGGUUUGGUACCUGACUGUCGCACAAGCUUUGUUUUAUUUAAAACCAGCGAGAAAGAAAGAAAAGAGGGUAGGAUGCAUAAUUGUAUGUGUGUGUGGAGGAUGUGGGACUUAUUUAAUUUGAAAUCAAAUAAAUCUGACAGAUCUCAGUUUAUUUUCUGAAUACAUCUCCUCCUUUGACUUAAGCGCAGCAUUUUUCCAACCCCAGAUCUGGGCAAUGCAAUAAAUUAUUUUUAUAAAGAUUCAUGGCAUUAACAGUGAACAUUUUUCAUAUUUUCUAAAAAUAAAAAAAUAUUUAGAAGUGCCUUGAAAAGUUAAGGAGGAUUUUUAUUUCUUCAGUACAAAUUAUCUUUGAUGUGUCUUCCGCUACAUCGAUUGCACUACAAUUUUAGGUAAAUAAAUACACAGUGAAAUAGAAAAAUAAUAUCUUUGGAUGCGUUGAUAAACCUAUUUUCCUUUAUCUUGGCGUACAAACGUGAUGUGAUUGUUUUGUCUUUGUAAAGGUAUUCAAAGUUUUAAAUUUGAAAGAAAUGGUCCUGCUAAGGUGUAGCGUAAUGAGCAGGUUCAGCCACUAAGUGGCGACAUUGCACUCGUGUUUUUCAGGCUGUAUCCUGGAUGAAUUGUGUAAAUAGUCAUUCCUCUGCCAUAUGUGUUUCUUUUUUUUUUAGCCUUUUAAUGUAUUUUGUUUCACAGUCCAGCUUCAUACUGUAGAGACAAUCAUUGUGCAAAUUACUAGAUAAAUAUCUUUACAAGAAGACAUUUACAGAUAAUCCAAUAGGACUCAGUACCUUUUGUUUUGCUUUUCUUUCACAUAUUCUGUAGCCUACGGCAAACCAAUAAACCAUCAUCCAUAAAGCGUG